UGCUGAAGCUAAAGUUGAUAAGAUCAUUGAAGCAGUGUCGAAGCUGGUUCCAUUGGGUUUUACUGGUGCCAGUCAACUCCAUGCAGAAAGGCAAGAAGGUAUUACAGUAGAUCAUGAAGCAUUUAACAAGGGGGGGAUAAAGGAAAAGCAAUGUACAUUGAUACGAAGGGCACUUCCAGGCCACAAAGACUUGCAGAUUACGGGCAGGUUUGUACUAAAUGGUGCUUAUGUUUUGGAGAAUGUGGUGUAUGCUGGAGCCCAUCAGUCAAAACUUCUUCUUGAACCAGCUCAGAAGAUGGUAGAGACGGGGUUUGCCCUCGUGAUUGUGGAUAUUGCUACAGCUCUCUAUAGGACAGGUUUCUAUGGAAGGGGAGAACUGCCAGCUAGACAAAUGUAUCUUGCGAAAUUUUUAAGGAGCCUGCAGAAGUUGGCUGCAAAUAGAAAUACAUCCUUCUUUUACAGGGGACUUCUCAGUUUAGUAUUUGAAAGAUUUUCUCUUAACUAUAACCACCGUGGGAUGCUGCUAUGUUGUUGUUGUAGGUUUGGUGUUGCUGUAGUUAUUACUAACCAAGUCGUUGCGCAAGUUGACGGUUCUGCUAUGUUUGGUGGGAAACAGUUUAAACCUAUUGGUGGAAACAUCGUGGCUCAUGCUUCUACGACUAGGGAAGGGCAGAGGAGCGUAUAUGUCAAGUAAUCAGCUCCCUCUCUGAAGCACGGUUUCUAAUAUCUGCAGAAGGUGGCACUGAUGGCAGGAACUGUGUUUAUAACCCCAUUAUCUCUUUCUUACUCCACCGAAGGAGAGGAAAUUGCACGCAAUCCGAAGAAUUCGAGUUGUUGUAUAUCUGCAGUGGGGGUUAUUCAUCCAAGUAUAGCAUGUUCAUCUUGAUUCGGUGGCGCCAUCGUAAAUUUUCUCCUUGUGGGGUCAAAAUUGUAAUUUAAAUUGGGAGGCAAAUUCUAGCGUGGGAGGGAGGACUGAGGAGUUUCCAGUUUCGACUGGACCCUGGAUAUUAACAGGGACGGUAUCUUAAAUACAGGACCGACAAGUUAGA